UUGUUUCGGGCCCUGGGUGACCAGCUCGAGGGGCACUCGCGGAACCACCUCAGACAUCGCCAGGAAACGGUGGAUUACAUGAUAAAGCAGCGUGAGGAUUUUGAGCCUUUUGUGGAGGACGAUGUGCCCUUUGAGAAACACGUUACCAAUUUGGCAAAGCCUGGCACCUUUGCUGGCAACGAUGCUAUUGUGGCCUUUGCAAGGAACAAUCAAAUGAAUGUGGUUAUUCAUCAGCUUAAUGCUCCGCUGUGGCAGAUUCGGGGCACGGACAAAAACAACGCGAGGGAGCUCCAUAUCGCGUAUCGUUAUGGAGAGCACUACGACAGCGUGAGGAGAAUCAGUGACGAUUCUGAAGCUCCAGCUUAUCUUCAGAUGGAGAUGCUUUGCAAAAAUGGUUCGAAUAAGGAGGAGGGAGUGAAGCCUCAGAAGGUUGACUCUGGAGAUGAGAUUGAAGUGGAAGUGGAAGAUGCUGUACAAAAAGUGUGUAACGCAACUGGGUGCUCAGAUGCGGAUUUAGUAAGCCGGAUUCUGGAAGUGGAAGACUAUGACGUAGAAUCAGCAAUAUUUGCCCUCAUUCAAGUAAAUGAAGCGGAAAGAACUGGUCCUGAGGAGCAGCGUGAUCCCCAGAGCGAGGACCGGGAGUCGUGUAGCAGAACUCUGCGGGAAGAAAACGGAAGCGAUUCAAGAACCUGUGGACAUCAGAGCUCACGUCAAGGUGAAACAGAAAACAGCAAAGGACGGGCUAGAUCCGGUGGAGAGAAUCGAGCUAGCCGAAACCCAAAGGGAAAACAGAAGAAGGAUCAGCAGCGGCUAAACAAGAAGAAGUGGCAGGAAGAAAGGCACCGACAGAAGGUCUUGGCCAGCCAGGGUAACUGCGCAGGUAGCAGCAGGAGGGAGACGGACUCAAACAGCCGUGUCACCUUGGUGAAGGCCAUGGCAGCUCUGAACAUAUGA